AUGUCGGGUGCUCGUGGGAGUCCGCGAAAAGGUCCGGAUACUGCUGAGAGAGUCCCAGAAAGACGUUUCUCCGACAUUCUCGAAGAGGAUGCAGGGAAUCAUGCCCCGAACAAGCGACCGCGCCGACCGCGUAAAACGCUGCGGGAAGAGGUCGCAGACGAUUUGGUAUUCAUUCGCAUGACCCCCCAAGCUCAAGCGACAGGGUCGCCACCAAAUAAUGGCAUGGCAGUGAAUGCGGCAGUGCGGCCUGAGCCGCGAGCACCUCUUCCUCGCCCUCCACGACGCAACAGUAUGAAUGUGAAAGGCAUGCGUCGUGUUUCUAGCCUGCGAGAUGGAGCACCUGCAUACCCCCACGACGAUAUCCCAGAUGACGUGCUCUAUAAGCACUGCUCUGACCAGGUGCCUCCUGUCGUGCGCAUGAAACAUCUUUUAUCGUGGACUUUGCACCGGUCGAUACCUCAAGCCCUAGCCGAAGCAUCCCUUCCACGGUUAGGAAAGCGGCGGCAUGGAAAGUCGCGAUGGGACCAAGAUGCUGAGCUUGCCUUGCUUGCACCGAUCCCCCCCGACGUGUCCCGUGAACUGAACGAUUUGGAACGUCAGCAUAUUGCAGAGGUGUCGCCUAUUCUCCACAGGGUCGUGCAAGAGACGCUGCGGGAUUUGAAUGACGGCUUAAUCGGUAUUAGCUGGUUGCGACAUGUCCAGAAAGCCGCGUCUCGAACACUUCACCCCCAUCCACGUAAUGAGUCGAAUCGACACGCCGAGAAGCAAUUAUUGGGCAUGCUGGAGCAAUUGCAAAAUGAACUUGCGUCCUGGAAGGAGCAUGAGGCGGAUAUUGACCGCAUUCAUGACGAGGUCGAUGCACUUGAGGCCAUGACAGCCAAUAUUCGCGACCAAGCAAGCUCAAAACGUAAAGGUCGUGCUCAAGCAGAUGGCGAAGCAGAGGUCGACGAAGAGCAGGCGUUGGCCGACGAAGUAGAAGCAAGUCGAUCAGGUGCACCACAAGCCUCCGCAUGGACGUGGGAUGAUGCUGACGCCGAUGCUCGGCGCCAGCUGGACCUAGUCCAAACUGUGCUUACAUCUACCGACAAGCUCAAUCAUGCUGUGGCUGCCCAGCAGUCUCUGGAUACGUCUCACGACAUCGAUCUACAGGGCACCGAGGUGGACGCACGCCUAGGCUCCCUCGAGCUCUCUAUUGACAAAAUUUAUCAGCGGCUACAUACGAUCGAGCAACUUGACAAUCUGUCGGAACAAUACAUUCGCCGAGUCUCGAAUCGAGCCGCACAGACGUUGUUGGAGCGCACAUCCGCGGGGCUCGCUACAUUCUCAGGCAUAAAAUCCGACUCGGAUACAAACGAUCUGGCGUCGUCAGCUGCUGCCCAGCAGCGACUCGAUACUCUGCUGGCUGGUAUUCGAGAUCCGAACGAUACGGCACACGAUCCCGCACAGUCAUCAUCGGUCAUGCCGACCGAUGCACACCAGCUGCUGCGUGCUUUGGCACGCGGCUCCCCCCCAUAG